CGGUGGGGUGUCGCCAGGAUGGACCCGCGGCGCCAGCUCACAAAGGGCGAGCUCUUGACGCGAGAGCGGAUUCGCCAAGAGACCGACGUCCGCGUGACCCAAACCAAUGCCAUGCAACAUCGCCUGCAGCACCUCGUCGACGUCGCCGCGCCCGACGACCCGACGAUUUUUCGGGGCAUUUACAGCGACAAGCACCCGUCCUUGUCGUCCGCCGAAGUGCGCGAGCUGGCGGCGAUUUCGGCACCGCCGCUCGGCCCCGUCGACACGACAGGCUUGUACCAUUUGCGGUCCAUCAAGCACCCGUACCCGAUUCCAGGCUCCCAACUCCGCCGAGAGAAGGAGCGCGAGCUGCAGGCGUCGGCCAAGAAGCAGCUCGUGUUUCUCCACUCGUCGUCGGCGUCGACAAGUCAACUUCCCGACGCGUCGUCUGCGUACGAAGACUGCUUGCAUACGCUCGAGCAAGGCAAACUACACUUCUUGGCCACCAACCUCCUUGGCGUUCUCAAUGACAAAGAAGCUGCGCUUCAAAAGGACGUGCAAGCGCGGCAACACCGUCUCGCGACUCUCAAAGGCGAUCUUCACGCUGUCCAAGCGUUCUGGCACGCCCUCCUCGAAGGCCGGACACGUGAAGCCGUCUUGCUCGUCACGCAGCACGAUUUCGUCGAUGUCAACCUCGCCGUCAACUGUCAUGCAACGCGCAAAGCCAUUUCGAUCGAGCCCAACGAGAGCUUUGCCGUCGCGCUCACGCCCCUCAUGCUGGCAGCCCGGCGUCACAACGUCGAGGUGGUCACCGCACUCUUGCAGCACGGCGCCGACCCGCAGUUAGCCACAGCCAAUCAAGACACGGCGCUGCACUUUACGUGGCGCGACGUGCCGCCACGUCACAAGUCCAUGGCUUGGGUCAUCAUCGCCAAGCAAGCCAUCGCGACGCAAGAGGUGCUUCUCGCACACGGCGCCUUGGCAAAUCACGCGAACAUGUACGGCGUCACUGCUCUGCACGACUGCGCUCGGCUUGGCCUUAAAGAGGCGGUCGUCCAACUGCUUCGGCAUGAUGGCGAUCCGCAUUUACGAGACAAGCACGGCAAGUCGUCGCUCGACCUCGCGAACGAGCAUGGACACAAGGACAUCUGGAGCUGCCUCGCGACGUUCCAUACGAUUGCGCGCGUCCGGACCGAGUGCGAUGGCCGGCGCGACGCCAAGUCCCACUUUAAGACGCCUGGCCUUCUGAGCCAUGCGUGGUCGCCACCACCCGACCAGCUCCUCGCCACGCUCAAGCUCGCGUCGCAUCGCGCCACAUUUCUGAAAGGCAACUACAUCACACAGGCCGGCGCACUCAUUUUGGCCGACGACGCAAUGGAGACAUGGGCGAUGCGGUCAUCGUCCUAACACUGGCAACGAUGUGACCAGCUUGUUACAUCCACACACAGUCGACGAGCGCACUAGGCGGCACAACAGCUGUAAAGAUUUGAUACGACAUGCUCCAUCCA